CUGCUCCCGGCAGCCCCCGCGCGGGCGGCCGCCCCUUCGCCGCCUCCCGCCGGUACCGAGCGGUUCGCGGGGCUCGGCGCUGCCCCCCCACCCCCGCCCGGCCCCGCCGCCGCCGCCGCCCGCCCCGCGGGGCCAUGGACUCCGACUCGUGCGCCUCGCCGUUCGCCCCGGAGGACUUCUCCCCCGCGUCCCGGCGGCACCGCACCGUGGAGGACUUCAACAAGUUCUGCACCUUCGUCCUGGCCUACGCCGGCUACAUCCCGUACCCGCAGGAGGAAACGCCGCUGAGGAACAGUCCCAGCCCUCCCAACAGCACCGGAGGCACAAUCGACAGCGAUAGCUGGGAUCCCCGGUUCAACGACGUCCCCUCUUCUGUUUCCCUUCCUGCCAAGAACAGAAAGAACUUCAGUCAGCUGAAGCGAGCUAAACCCUACGGUUCCCUGUUCCAGCGGGCAAAGCCUGGCGGUUUCCUGCCAGAGCGAAAGCAAGUCGAUAAGAUCAGGAAGAAGAAAAAACUGAAGAGAAGGGAAAUGGAGGUGUCUGCGGAGGAAGACUACGAGGAAAAGCUGCUGGAGCUGGAGGCAGAGGACUCUUUUGUAGAGACGCCGAUGAGCCCCUCGUCUGAGGGCGACCCUCAGUCUGUGACGGAGCACAGCUCGGUGUGGGACUCUGACACGCCUUCCAGCGUCUCCUACCCUGCCGUGACGGCCGAGCAGACGGUGGAGAUACAGAGCGUGGGCAAGCGAACGGUCAUUCGUCAGGGCAAGCAGGUCGUCUUUCGGGAUGAGGACGGCACUGGUGAUGACGAGGACAUCAUGGUGGAUUCAGAUGAUGAUUCGUGGGACCUAGUCACUUGCUUCUGCAUGAAGCCUUUUGCCGGGCGGCCAAUGAUCGAGUGUAACGAGUGCCAUACCUGGAUCCACCUCUCGUGCGCCAAGAUCCGCAAGUCCAACGUCCCAGAGGUGUACAUAUGCCAGAAGUGCCGGGACUCCAAGUUUGACAUUCGCCGCUCAAACCGCUCCCGGACGGGCUCGCGCAGGCGCUUUCUGGACUAGGCAAGGGACGCGCGCUGGUGCGCUGCUUGGGUGGGCAGGCGAGCCGUGCAAAGCACAGGCGCCGGCCGGGAGCUGGGGAGAGCUCCCCCGGCCUGCUGCUGCUCGGGCUGAAGGGCCGCCCAGCCUGCCUGCGGCACCGGGGUGAGGUCUCACAAAGCUGUGGACGGCCGGGGCUGGAAGAAGCAGACUGGUCAGAACUGCUGCUGCGUACCGAUUAGCUCAAGGGACAGAUGAAGCUCUCUGGGUUCAGUGGGGUUUUGUCCAGUUACAGCUGUAGGUUGGAUGAUGUUUUGGGAAUGUAUAAUACCUUUGCUACAUAUUUUUUCUCAUCCCAUUGGGAAACUGCAAAACUUCUCUGUGCUAGGAAACUCCUCCUCUGAAGAGGGAGGAGGAGGAAGAGGGAAUCUGUGUGAAGAGUCUGAAAAGUAAAUGGCCACGUGUUUUAAUUUUAACGUAAUGUUACACCUGCCCAUUUGUCCGUCUAUAUCGAGCUCAGAUAUUCUAAGGCUCCGGGGGAGUGAGUGAAUGCAUACCGGCCUCUGUGUGAUCUGCCCCCUGUUCCGUGGGCCCAGGCAGGAGGUGAGUUCUGUGAUUUGGCAUUGAGUAAGGAUGGGACUUCUUCCUGCUCUGCGGGACUGGUGCGUUUAAAGGAAGAGAACUGUCCUUUUUCUGGAUGGGCAGUGCUGGAAAAUAGCUGACAUCAGAUUUCUUAAAGUCUCUUCUUAACAGUGAUUUUUUUGUGACUUCGUUUUGCAUGAUUGGCUCAAAUGUGUGUGUGGGGGGGAUACUAUUUGCUCUGUUUCCUGGCCCUUUGUUAAACUCUAAGGUGCUGUUUCAAGAAGACAAUGACUCUCCCUUUUUUCAGCUCACAGUUAAAGCAUGGACUGUAAAAGGGGCUGUAGUAAGCUUAGAACCUGGCCAGUCUGGUUCGGGAUUAGAUCACUUCCAUCUGAGUACUACGGCCAAGUUGACUUUGUUUUCACAGUUUGUUUUCUUGAGACUGGAUUUAUAACCAGAAAACCAAAAUCUUUAACCUAUUGGUUGCAAAUUACACAGAUAAAAGCAAAUGCAGGCUAUGCAGCUAGCAAGGUGAAGUGCAAUGAAGAAGAUCCAUCCGGUUCUGGGAAGGACAAGAGAGCACAGAGGCCCCACCAAUGCUGCAGUCCCUUGACAGACCUUUCUGGGGCCUCAGCCCAGGGGAAGUCUCUUCAGAAAUGUGACAGGGAGUCCAGGCUUGUUUGCAACGCCACCAAGAUCGAGGUGUUGUCCCUCAGUGACCAAACAGAGCAAGCUGUAUGUAUUGCACAAAUUAAGUUUGUUUUUGAGACGUUUCUCUUGAGUUACGCCUGAUGAACAUGUUCUCUGUCCUGGUGAGACCAUGAGGCGAGGGGAGUCACUGACUGCUGCUACAGCUUCGGCGAGACCAGCGCUGACAGGAGCGUGUCCGCGUUAGUCCUGCAGACACCUGGGUAGAGCACUGCCUUACCUGAGUACCGGCUCACCAGGAGACGCAUCCUGGUGGUGACCAAGGGUCUGUCAGGUACCCUCCUUUAGACGUCUGACGCUAGGCUGCCAAAGCUCCAGGCAGACCGGCCAGUACUGCAGUGCCCUGGGGCUCCCGUGUGCGACGUGGGGACGUUCAGAUUGGGAUGAUGGAGCUGCACGAUGUGCAACUAACUGUUCUUCAUAAAAAUCCCAUCCCACCAUGCUGUAACAACUGACUCUAGGUUCUGAAAACCAGCUCCAGCUUCUGUAAAUCCAAGACCAUGACUGUGGUAUGCUGCCUUCCAGAAGCUAAAUGGAACCACCAAGGAGUUUGCCAAAGAUUUGCCCCCUGCGGCUGCCUGACUGCUCCUUACAGCCAGAAAAAUAACCAAAGUUCUCAAAUGCUGCCAUUUCACUCUGCAAACGGAAAGGCUUUGGAAGAUCCUGGUUGCAAGCUAUGCGAGGGUUGGACCUGCUCUGAGUAUUGGCAUUUUUGUGUUUACAGCGUGUCUGCAAUUCAACUGGACCUCUGUGGAAUGUGUUCCUGAAGUUUUUAUGGGAGAAAUGUUAAAUGGCCAAGUGAACCUGCCUCCUUUUUUUUUUUUUACAGAGGUUCGGUACUAAUCAAUGUGACUGACUCUUGUUCUGUUACCUUUUCAGAUUUAUCCCAGUAGAUGGUGUCUGACAAGUCCAGCACGUUACAAUAUCAGCAGAGAGAAAAAAGUAACAUCUCCAUUCUUUUAGUUCAUCACUUUCAGCCAUGUAUAAUUAUAGUUUAAUUCAGAACUUUAUUUUUUCAUUAAAACUGUUUUAAUGAACCGUGCUUUUUUUAAAAUGUGGAACAAAUGAACAAUGUCCUUGUUUUAUUCUGGA